UAACUGAAAACGCAAUGCGCUGACUGCGCAUGCUCAGCUCAGUGACCACCAGCACCACAACAGAAUCUGUUAGUCGCAACGCUAUUACACAAGAGUUACUGGAACCAAUCCGAGAUGACGACUUCGUGGAGUGACCGAUUACAGAACUACGCCGACCUGCCAGCAAACAUGGACGGUAUGGCGAUGAAGAAAUACCGUCGUGAUGCCCACCACAGCUUUCCAAGGGAUCUGGCCCCAAUCCACCCUGCAAUGAGGGUGUUUGUAAACAGAAGCCUGGCCAUGGAGAAGAUCAAGUGUUUUGGCUUUGACAUGGAUUACACACUAGCAGUGUACAAAUCUCCAGAGUACGAGUCGCUGGGCUUCGAGCUGACCGUUGCCCGGCUGGUCUCCAUCGGUUAUCCCCAGGAGCUGUCCAGCUUCGUGUACGACCCCACCUUCCCCACCAGAGGUCUGGUGUUUGACACGACCUAUGGAAACCUGCUGAAGGUGGACACCUAUGGCAACAUCCUUGUGUGUGCGCACGGCUUUAACUUCAUGCGUGGGCCUGACAUCAGGGAGAUGUAUCCUAACAAGUUCAUCCAGCGUGGAGACAUGGACCGCUUCUACAUCCUCAACACACUCUUCAACCUCCCUGAGACCUACCUCUUCGCUUGUCUUGUGGAUUUCUUCUCCAACUGUUCCAGAUACAAAAGCUGUGAGAAAGGCUUCAAAGAUGGAGAUCUGUUCAUGUCCUACAAGAGCAUGUUCCAGGAUGUCCGCGACACCGUGGACUGGGUCCAUAUCAAGGGCUCUCUCAAAGAGAAGACAGUUGAAAACCUUGAGAAGUACGUUGUCAGAGAUGCCAAGCUGCCCCUGCUGCUGAGUCGGAUGAACGAGGUGGCCAAGGUGUUCCUAGCCACCAACAGCGAUUACAAGUACACACAGAAAAUCAUGACCUACCUUUUCGAUUUCCCUCACGGCCCCAAGUCUGGGAAGCCCCACAGGCCGUGGCAGUCGUACUUCGACCUGAUCCUGGUGGACGCCCGCAAGCCUCUUUUCUUCGGCGAGGGCACGGUUCUCCGCCAGGUGGACACGGUCACGGGUCGCCUGAAGAUCGGCACCUACACCGGACCCCUGCACCACGGCAUUGUGUACUCUGGAGGGUCGUCUGACAUUGUGUGUGACCUGCUGGGGGCCAAGGGGAAAGACAUUGUGUACAUCGGGGACCACAUCUUUGGAGACAUCUUGAAGUCCAAGAAGAGGCAGGGCUGGAGGACCUUCCUGGUCAUCCCGGAGCUGGCUCAGGAGCUCCACGUGUGGACCGACAAGAGUGCCAUAUUUGAGGAACUUCAGUCCCUUGAUUGCUUCCUGGCAGAACUCUACAAGAACCUGGACAGCAGUAGCAACGAGAGGCCUGACAUCAGCACAAUCCAGUGUAGGAUAAAGAAAAUCACCCAUGACAUGGACAUGUGUUACGGCAUGAUGGGCAGUCUGUUCCGCAGCGGCUCUCGGCAGACUCUGUUUGCCUCCCAGGUGAUGCGCUACGCCGACCUGUACGCCUCGUCCUUCAUCAACCUGCUCUACUACCCCUUCAGCUACCUGUUCAGGGCCGCGCACGUUCUGAUGCCCCACGAGUCGACGGUGGAGCACGCCCACGUGGGCCUCAACGACACCGAGUCCCCGCUGGCCACGCGCAACCGCCAGGAGGCCGACAUGAGGCUGCUGGAGGGCAAGAGGCAGCUGCUGACGCGCUCGCUCAGCGAGGUGCAGCCGCCCCACCUCUUCCCCCAGACCCCCGAGGAGAUCACCCACUGCCAUGACGAGGACGAUGAUGAAGAGGAGGAGGAAGAGGAGGAGUAGACUGGAGAAAGGGCGGUGCGAUUUCAAGUGGUGCAUGUUGCGGGAGGAGAAAAUGGGUUGAAGAGGAGGGACAGGAGGAAGAGGAGGAGUUGUUUCGGUCGAGAGAGUCCAGUACAUUGGGAGUAUUAUAUGAGGGGGAGUGGGGAGGGGAGAGAGGAAGAGGAGGAAGAAUAGCCUGGGACAUGCUUUUUGAUAAAGUAUGAUAGAGAUUGAGUACAUUCUGUGGGAGUCAAUCGUCAAACUCUACAAGAGUAGUAUUUUAUUUGUUUUCCCCGCUGGGUAUUUUGGUUUUAUUCAUGUGUAUAUUUCUGGAGAGAAAUCAUCCUUCCAUUGGCCUCUGCUCCUCUUGUUGUUGAUGCAUUCAACAGGAAGUUGGCAUUGGGCCACUUCCUCUUCCCCUCUUCAUUGAAACGCGGUGAGCUGAAAUACUUGACGACCCUCGAGCAAAAGCUUGAGAGCCCUUCUAUGGAUAGUCAUGGUGUAUUUAAUGAACAGUACACUCAGACAUGAGCUCGGUGGGCAACGUCUAGAACGGUUGUAUUGCGUCCAUAAGAGUAUUUUGUUAUUAUUUUUGUACAACCUUUUGAGGUAUUUUUGUAAAAAAAUAAGGUGUUUUAUCAGUAGCUCAUUCGCUGUGCCGUCCUGCAUCCUGGCCCCCACUCAAUCUACUCCCCUGUUGCAGUGUUGGACCACGUUACCCAGAAUGCUGUACACCACGUUACCCAGAAAGUUGUAGCUCUCGAUAGUUGGUUGUAGUUGCUAGCUGUCAUCACCUUGCUUUUUCUGGUUGGAUGUUGAGCAAUAUCACCCAAUAUUGCAACAUUUUAUUUUUAUAUAAGAAAUGGCCUAAUGCCUUAUUCUUGUCAACUGGUAUGAAUAUUUAGGGGGGAUGACUAAAGAUUAUUGUUAGAGGUAUAUUUUCAAAGGUUUUUGCUUUUGUUUAUUUUUUCAUAUUUUAACAUUUGAUCUGGUGGUGUUUGUGCGCAUAGCUGCUGUUGCUUGUUAGCAGUGGGAUUCCUAAAUCAAACUGAAACUGAAUCUAUUAUACUGUAAGCGAUGGCCGUUCAUGUUUUGAGAUGGUGUACAAUGUUACAACGGUUAUCCUAUACUGUAACCAAUCUUUGCUGAGUUUUAUGAAUGCACGCUAACCCAACCUCAUCAAUAUUUGCAGAAUUAUUUUCAUGUUCUACUGGGGCCUGCAUUGUACUUUUGAAUGCUUUGUGACACUGGCACUGUUAAUUUAAGAGUAUAAAUGGAGAUUACAAUGUAUACAUAUGUAUAUACAUAGUAUAUAGUCCAUACGGUCUACUCUGCUUGUGUAACUAGAUGGGAAGGAUUAUUUUGUCAAACCUCAGAGGCUGAGCUUGACCGAUGACUGGGUCGUAUGUUUCUGUAUUUUUUCUUUGUGUGCAAUAAUGGCUGCUCCAGGGGUUACUCAAGGUUCUCUCGUGCUUGAUGUGUGCAACCGGAUUCAGCACCACUGUUUCAGUAAAACGGUUUUUCAAGAGAAACGUAAAUCAAACCUGCUUUGUUAUUUUUCCAAGCAAGUAACAAUUUAUUUUUAAAUGUUUUUAUCCUAUUCCAGCAAGGCAGAUAUUGUGCAUGCAUUUUUCUGUGCUGUAUGUCUUGCAUUUGAUUUAACAGGCAUAUGUUAAUUGGAGAGAUUAUUUUGCAAAAAAAGGUUUGUGUUAGUAAUUUAUUUUGCAUGUCCUGCCGGUUUUCACAAUGGUUGUGAGCAUAAUUGCUUGCAUUUGUAUGCUCAGCUGUAACUUUUUAAAUAAAAUAACAAUCCAAACCGGUGUCACAGUCUGAUAUUUGA